AUGGAAUUUGGAGGUGGGUUUACUUUUGAUAAAGAACCAUGCCACCCAGAUAAUUGCUCAUUAUUUAUUGGUGGUGAUAAUCUUGCCGGUAUGACGUCAUUAACUAUUGAAAAUUGGAUCAAAAAAAAUGAAACCAUUCCACAAAAUUUUGCGCAUAUUUUCAAAAAAAGAAAGGAGAAUUAUGGAUUUAUUCAUUUCGUUGACGAGGAAACUAAAAUUAAUUUCUUUGAAGAAGUAGAUGGAAAAAAAUUUAAAAUUGGUCAAGAAAGUGAGGAGGAAUUAACAAUCCAUUUUUUUCCCUUAGUAAGAAAAAAGCAAGCUGAACAUAAGACCGUAGAUUCAAACUAUGGUCCUUCUCAUAAUUUAUAUAAUUUAUAUGAUGACGGAACGAUAUUUUCUUUAUAUAUCAAUAUACCAACCAUCAAUAAUAAAGAUGAAAUAAGUCUUUAUGUAGAUGAUGAUGAUAAAGUUGUUAUCAUCAGUGGCGAAUAUAAGAACAUCAAUAUAGUGGAAGGUAAUCAUUUUAUUAAAAAGUUAAUUCCAACCGGCAGAUUUGAAACUAAGAUUCCAUUACCAUCAAGAAUCGAUCCAACAAAAAAAGUGAAAAUUGAAAAAGUAGAUGCUAUCAGUUUAUUUAAAAUAACAUUUACAAAAGGAGAAGGGUAUAAAAAAAGAAGAUUAUCAAUAGAAUAA